AUCUUUCCAACCGGUCAUUCUUCCAGCAGAUUGAGUGGAUUGGCCCGAUUUAUGGGCAGCACAUAUCCACGGUGAAUGAUUGGCCCCAAAAUCUCACACGCUUGUAACGCUAACACGCGUGCUUGGAUUCACACUACAAAGCUGGCGCGAGUUGCUGCUGCGCCAUAUUCGUCUUUUCAGAGAGAGAGAGAGAGAGAUUGAAAAGCAUGCCCCCACCUAAUGCAGCUUCGGUCCUCAACAUUCUCCCUCCUCGUUUCAAGCCCUUCUCUAAAUCCCUCCUUUAUUCCUUCUCCGUCCCUCGAAAUCGCACUUCUAUCUCUCUCCUUCGCUGCUUCUCUCUCUAUCAAAAUCCCAUCCAAAGCCCUUCUUCCCCUCCACCACGAGCAGAGAAAGCCCUAGGCCGGUCAGGAGCUCUAUCCCCAUCUCCCUCUGCAGUCGAAAAUCCGACAGUUGUCGAUGUCAAUCCUCCGAGGGGGACGAGGGAUUUCCCUCCGGAGGAGAUGCGCCUCCAAAGCUGGCUCUUUCAGAACUUCAGAGAGGUUUCACGGUUGUUUGCAUUCGAAGAGGUUGAUUUUCCAGUCCUUGAAUCUGAAGCACUAUUUGUUAGAAAAGCAGGGGAUGAGAUCACAGAACAGUUGUACAGUUUCGAGGAUAAGGGAGGCCGUCGUGUUGCCUUGAGGCCUGAGCUUACUCCGUCUCUCGCCCGGCUUGUGAUACAAAAGGGGAAGUCCGUUUCUCUUCCAUUAAAAUGGUUUGCUAUAGGACAGUGCUGGCGUUAUGAGCGGACAACGAGAGGACGGCGCCGGGAGCACUAUCAAUGGAAUAUGGAUAUUAUUGGUGUUUCUGGGGUUCUGGCUGAAGCAGAACUUAUUUUUUCAAUUGUUACCUUAUUUAAGCGACUUGGGCUCACAGCGUCGGAUGUAGGGUUCAAAGUUUCUAGCCGAAAGGUUCUACAAGCAGUAUUGCAGCGCUAUUCUAUACCUGAAGACAAAUUUGGCGAAGUUUGUGUCAUUAUUGACAAGAUGGAAAAGAUUCCCAUGGAGGAGAUCGAGAAGAAACUAAUUGACAUUCCGAUAUCAUUAGAAGCUAUAAAGGGACUAUUGCAAGUUCUGUCCAUUAAAUCAUUGUCAAAGUUGGAAGAGUUGCUGGGAGCUGCUGGGGAUGCAGUUGCUGAUUUGAAACAACUCUUUUCUCUUGCUGAACAAUAUGGAUAUUCUCAAUGGAUUCAGUUUGAUGCAUCUGUUGUCCGUGGUCUUUCCUACUAUACAGGGAUUGUUUUUGAGGGAUUUGAUAGGCAAGGAAACUUACGAGCCAUUUGUGGUGGUGGAAGAUAUGACCGAUUGCUCUCUACAUUUGGAGGCGAUGAUAUUCCAGCUUGUGGUUUUGGAUUUGGAGAUGCUGUCAUUGUGGAAUUACUUAAAGAUAGAGGGCUUUUGCCGGAGCUAACACCCCAAGUAGACAACAUCGUAUUCCCGUUGGGCGAGGAUCUCCAAGGACCAGCUGCCAUGAUCGCGUCCAAGCUCAGACAGAAGGGCCAAAGUGUUGACCUUGUAUUAGAAACCAAGCGCCUCAAAUGGGUGUUUAAGCAUGCUGAGCGAAUCAAUGCAAGCAGACUGAUCUUGGUGGGGGAGUCCGAGUGGCAGCAAGGUAUGGUUCGCGUAAAGAAUCUCUCCACUAGAGAAGAGCAUGACCUCAAACUCGAGGAACUAGACUGAGAGAAUCAUCGUUCCAUGUGGGUUGAUUUCAUAUCUGAACAGUGGUUGGUAGUUCUGGUAUCAGAGGUGGUCUGUUCAAUGAGGUGAAAGCAACUUCUCUUUCCUAUUUCAGCUGGAGUGCAAGCCUGUUAGCUACAUCUUGAACCUGCAAGGCUGCAACAGAAUUUCUUGAUUUGAUACGCUAAUGUCAGUGUUAUUCUCGUUUUUCUUUUCUUUUCAUAGAAACAUUACUUCAGAAUGGAUUGGUUUAUUUCCUAUCAAAUUGUAUUUUGGUCAACAUUUUGAGUUGUAAUUUUAAUAUAUUUUAAAAAUUGGAUUCUCUCCA